UGACUGGGAGUGGUUGGAAUAUGGAUGAUGAUCAAACAAUGAAAGGUCAACCUCUAGAUCCCCGUAGAAAGGCUAAGUACAAUGUUAUAUCAAGAGGUUUCUUUUGUUGGAUAGAUCCUCUCUUCUGGCUGGGUUGUAGGAGAAGUCUUGAGUUCAGUGAUCUCUAUGUGCAUCCUCCUGAAGCAGACUCCUUUUAUCUCCUUAACAAGUUUAACAAAUAUUGGGCAACUGAGCUGCAAAGGAAGAAGAGAGGGAUGUCACCUCGACUGCUGGUGGCUUGGUUUAAGUGUUUUUGGUGGAGAAUAUUGCUUCAUGGCUUAUUCUUAUUUGGAGAGGUUUCAGGUUUUGUUUGUCAAUCAGAGCUGAUAGGAUCUCUCGCUGAGUAUUUGGUGCUGGAUUCACCCUCAGAAGCUGAAACCCGUGAUGCCUAUCUUUAUGCAUUUGGUCUUACCUUAUUGUCUUUUUUCAUCGUCUUCAUUCAUGCUAUUGCCUUCUACUAUGGUCAUAUAUUGGGGAUGCAUACAAGGAUCGUGUUUUCAUCAGCCCUUUAUCAAAAAAUUCUUCACCUCAGUCAAGUUACUGUUGGCCAGCAAACACUGGGUCAUAUUGUUAACCUGGCAUCUAAUGACAUUCACAAGUUUGAUCUUGGAUUGCUAUUUCCUCACUUCUUGUGGAUUGCUCCCAUACAUGUAAUAGUGGUAACCUACCUUUUAUAUCUUGAAAUCCAGUCGAGUGCAUUUGUAGCUACUGCACUACUAUUCCUUCAAGUUCCAUUGCAGUUAAUUCUUGCUUAUAUUUUUGGGAAAUUAAGAUUAAAGGCAGCUAAAAUGACUGAUAGAAGAGUAAAGGUCAUGAAUGAGGUUAUCAGUGGAAUCAGAGUCAUUAAGAUGUAUGCAUGGGAAUAUGAUAUUGAGCUACUGCCUGAAGGUGAUUUGACUCUAGUAGGAGAGAGAGGAGUGACUCUCAGUGGAGGACAGAAAGCUAGAGUAAAUCUAGCGAGGGCAGUCUAUCGUCAAGCUGAUGUUUAUCUUCUUGAUGAUCCUCUGAGUGCAGUAGAUGCAGCAGUCAGUAGACAUCUUUUUGAGAGGUGUAUUCGUGGAAUAUUAUCAGACAAGAUUGUUAUACUAGUAACUCAUCAAGUACAAUAUCUUGAACGAUGUGAUGCUAUACUUGGACUGAAGGAAGGUUGUGUGUUAGUGUAUGGUAAUGCAAGGGAUGUUCUGAAAGAGGACAGUGGUAUAUUUGAACUAUUAGCUGAUGAUACCAGUACUUCUGAUGAUGGCUUUAACAUCAGGAAACAAAGUAUUAGUACUGGAUUAGAACCACAAACAUUGGUGACGUUUGAACAAAAGCUAAGCAGUUUGAAUGAAGAAAAUGAUGAUCAUGAAAAAGAUAAUUCUGUUGAACAAUCUCAAGAAGAAAUAGCUUCACUCAAGAAAAUCUCUUCAACUGACACAGUGAGUCUAUUAUAUUAUGAAUAUUGA